ACAGUGUCUAAAAGGUAUGAAAUCUAUGUUGUUAACCCCCAGUCCACAGCUGGAAGGUGAGAAAUCUAUGGAGACAACCACAGUGCAAGGGAUAGAACAUGUCAAAUCUGUGAAAGACACCAAAGAUACUAAGCUUCAAGUUGCAACACCUGACUUGGCUCUGCAUGCAAGAAUUCAAGAAUUCAAAGGAGUGGAGAUGGUCCCGAGAACACAACCGCAAGAUGUGAAAACCGUGGAACUGAAAUUUGGGCUAAAGAUGCAAGGUGAGAAACCUGUGCCUUUUGCACCAGGACCAUUGCUCCAAAAGUCUGAACCGCAAGAUGUGAAACCUGAGGAAUUGACUUUAGAGCCACAAACGCAAGAUAGGAAGGUUGUCGACAGUACCCCAUGUGGAAAGCAUCAAAGCUUAAAAUCUGUAGAGGAAACUCCAGAUUCAGAGCUGCAACAUGUGAAAUCUGUGAAAUUGACCCCACGGGUAAAGAAGCAGGAAGUAAAAUCUGGGAAUGUGACCAGACGAGCAAAGUUUCAAGGAGUAAACUCUGUAGACUUAGCCCCAAGCCAACAGUUUCAAGGGAUGGCACUCAUGAAUCUCACUUCUGGGCCAGAACAGGAUGGCAAGAUAUCUGUAAUCUCAUCAAAGCAGCAAUGGAAGAAUUCAGAGCAACUGAAGAGAAGGCUUAAGGCAGAAGAUGGGAUGUCUCUGGAGUUAAUUCCAGAACUAAAAUUUAAAGGCAGAAAAUUAGAAGACCUCAAUUUUGAGUUAGGAUUUGAAGAUAUAAAAUCACUUGAUUGGACUCCUGAAUCAAAUAUUCAAGGUUUAAAACCUAAGGAAUUCAACCUUGAACCACAGUUGCAAAGCCUAAAAUCUCCUAAGUUGACCCCAGGGCCCCAGUUGCACCAAGUAAAACCCUCAGAGUCAGCUUCAGAGCCACAGCUUUGUGUAAAAACUCUUGAGUUACAACAAGAGCCGCUGCUUGAAAGUAUGAGAUGUAUUCAGUGGAUACCGGGACCUAAGUUCCAAGCCGUGAAAUCUGUAGACUUAAAUCUUGGGUCACAUUCUCCAGGUGUUAAAUCUGCAGGGUUGAAAUCUUCGACACAGUUAAGAGAUGUAAAGUCAUCUGAAUUGACUCUAGGGCCAAAACCUCAAAGUGCAACAUAUACAGAGUUCAACCUUGGGCCACAGCUGCAGAAUGUGAAAACCCCUGAGGUGCUACCAGGACCACAGCUGCAAAAAGGGAAGGCUUUGGCAUCCACCUCAGAGCCACAGCUUCAAGAUGUAAAAACUACUGAGUUCAAAAAAGAGCCACAGCUUGAAACUGUGAGACGUAUUCAGUGGAUACCAGGACCUGAUUUCCAAGCCGUGAAAUCUGUAGACUUAAAUCUCGGGUCACAUUCUCCAGGUGUUAAAUCUGCAGGGUUGAAAUCCUCGAUACAGUUAAGAGAUGUGAAGUCAUCUGAAUUGACUCCAGGGCCAAAACCUCAAAGUGCAACAUAUACAGAGUUCAACUUUGGGCCACAGCUGCAGAAUGUGAAAACCCCUGAGGUGCUACCAGGACCACAGCUGCAAAAAGGGAAGGCUUUGGCAUCCACCUCGGAGCCACAGCUUCAAGAUGUAAAAACUAUUGGGUUCAAAAGAGAGCCACAGCUUGAAACUGUGAGACGUAUUCAGUGGAUACCAGGACCUGAUUUCCAAGCUGUGAAAUCUGUAGAGUUAAAUCUUGGGUUACAAUCUCAAGGUGUCAAGUCUGCAGAGUUGAAAGCUUUGAAACAGUUAAGAGAUAGAAGGUCAUCUGCGUUGACUCCAAGGCCAAAGCUCCAAGAUAUACAAUCUUCGUCAUCACUCCAGGAACAUCAGCCUCAAGGUUUCGAUUUGAAACCUUGUCUACAGGUUAGAAGUGUGAAAUCAUGUGACCUGACUUCAAAGUCAAAGUUUUGUGAUAUAAAAUCUAUGACAUUCAAAUCUAGGCUUUGCUUGCAUGAUAGGAAAUCUACUAAAUUGACUGCAGGACCAAAGCUUCAAGAAGUGAAAUCCUUACAGUCAUCCCCAAGAGCACAGCUUCAAGGUGGGAGGUCUCUAGUGCUUGCGGAAGGGCCACAGCUUCCUGACACAAAAUCUGGGGUAUUAAGCCAAGUGUCACAAUUACAAAGUGGUACAACUAUAGAGCUGAACUCCCCACGACACUUGAAAAGGAUGAAGUCAUCUGAGUUGACUCUUCGGACAAAGCUUCAAGGUGUGAAAUCUGAGAAUUUCAACUCUGGGUCACAGUGGCAAGAUCUAAAAUCUUCUAAGUUAUCACCUGAGAUAAAGUCCCAAGAUAUGACAUUUAUUGAGUUAAAUCCAAGUUCCCAGAUGGAAGGCAUAACCUUUUCUAAACCGACUGCAGGGACAAAGAUUCAAGGUGCCAAAUUUACAGAUUUGUUUGGGUCAUCGUUACAAGGUGUGAAUGCUGCUGAGGGGACCUCACAGUCAAAGCUUCAAAGUGUAAAACAUAAAGAAAGCGACCCCAGUCCCCAGACGCAAGUUGUGAAAUCCUCGGACCUGAACCUUGGAUCAGAGCUUCCAAAUAUGAAACUGGCGUCCAGCCCUGAGCCACAGUUUCAAGGAGAGAAAUGUUCUAAGUUAAUCUCAGAAACAGAGUGUCAAGAUGUGGAAUCUGUGAAGUUCAAACCUGGGCCACAGUUGAGGGGUAUGAAAUCUUCCGAACUGAUAUCAGGGACAAAGCUUCAAAAGGUGCAAUCAGUGGAUUUCAAGUCAGCCCCACAGUUACAAGAUAUGAAACCUUCUAGGUUGAUCAUGGGUAUAAAGCUUCAAGACAUUAAAUCUACGAAUUUCAAGUCUGGACCACACUUGCAGGAUGUGAAGUCUUCUCAAGUGAUCCCAAGGGAAAAGCUUCAAGGUAUGAAAUCUGUAGAACUGAAACCUAAUCCAAAGUUACAAGGUGAGAAAUCUUCUGAUUUGACCCUGGGGAGGAAGUUUCCAGCUGUGAAAUCAGGCCCACAGUUACAAGAUGUGAAAUGCUCUGAGUUGAUCAUGGGUAUAAAGCUUCAAGAUACAAAAUCUACGGGGUUCAGUUCUAGAUCACACUUUCAAGGUAUGAAGUCUUCUAAAGUGAUCCCAGGGUCAAAGCUUCAAGAAGUGAAAUCCUCUGAGUUCAACCAUGGUCCAAAGCUACAAGGUGGGAAAUCUAAUUUAACCCAGAAGAGGAAGUUUCAAGGUAUGAAACCGGUGGAGUUCAACCCUGGACCACAGAGACAAGCUCCACCUUGUACGCACUCCUGAGGGCCACGGAGAGAUUAGGUUGCAACUUGGCUUUAGGUUGCAAACUGGGAAAAGACCCCAAGUCCCAAAGUACCACAGAAGAGACAGACCCAUCACAGACCACGAAGUCCUAUAUCACCAUCGCUAAGGUCAGCGAAAGUCUAUACUCGAGCUUCCAAGAGUCCUACUUCUACGAUAUAUUUCCAGUCUGGAUCUUCCCAGUCUCCUUCUCCUGUACGAGUCCACAUCAGGCGAAGGCAGUAUAGAGGCCCUGACCUAGUAGGAAAGACAGAAAUUAGAAAGCCGGGGCUCUAUGAAUUUAGUCAGGUUCACUCUCUACCAGAGAGUGUCUCUGAAAGCAAUCAGAAUGUAAAAUGGGCUAAAAGGAAAACCAAAAAGACCCAUAAUCCAAAAUACCCAUACCCAAUGAAAAGAAUCACCAAGGGAAGCAGAACACAAAACACAAAACUCUACACA